AUGUAUGACAUUCGAACGAACGGUAUAUUUCUAAUAGCUCUUAACUACAUGCCAGAUACGACUGGAGAAUUAGUUGAGAAAAAGUUGACUUACAGUAGCCGGCAAUGGCAAGCGAUGUUUAAUGUACUCAUGCAUAUCGAUGAAAUGAAGAGAUUCUGUUUCCCACUGAUACGAUUUCUCAUUAAAAUUUUAUCGCAACAACACAUGGAUAUUCGCUAG